UAUCAUCAAAAACUUGUUGUUUAUAGAGAUACUUGAGUGUACCCGCAAAAACGAAUAAAAUUGUUUCAUUUUAGAGAAUUAGUAACAUUAUUUAGGUACAUUGUAAUACGUUAUCAAGAUGAGUCGCAAAGAGGCUUUAUCGCAAUUUAUUCAACAAAUUCACGGACGACCUGUGGUGGUCAAGCUCAACAAUGGUGUGGAUUAUAGAGGGGUCCUAGCUUGUUUGGAUGGCUACAUGAAUAUAGCCCUUGAACAGACCGAGGAAUACGUUAAUGGUCAAUUGAAGAAUAAGUAUGGUGAUGCAUUCAUAAGAGGGAACAAUGUGCUGUACAUAAGUACGCAAAAGAGGAGAACAAACUAGAUUAUGUUCUUAUUACUUUUAUAAUCAAUAUUAAAAAGAUGAGACGUUGCAUAUGUGG